UACGCGCUCAUUUUCUCCUCCCACUCACCUUUCUUUCCUCUCCUCUGACGAGAGAGGCGGCGCCAUGGUCGCCCAGCUACCACGCCGGCGCGGCCGCGCUUGCUCGCCUGAGCUCGCACGCGUGCGUUCAUCGAAGCGAGCGGCUCUGUCAAUCUCGUCUUUCCGGGGUAGCGCGCGUGGCUGGGGCGGCUGCUGAACGCCGGUGAUGGUGCGCCGGCAACCAGGACGCGCCGGCCACGACGCGUGCCACGGAGAUUCGUCUCCCACCAUGCGCCAUCCUCGUUCCCUCCGCCGGCAAGGGAACACGGGAGAGCCGACCAGCAAGAAGAGAUGGCGGCCAGGGGACUGCGGUGUGCUGCUGCUCGCCGGCCCCUUCUCCACAGCGCCGCCGGCGACCUCGUCCGCUACGAGAUCGCUUCCACCGGCCAGCUUGCGCGGUUUUUUGAAGGCUGAUGCAGCUCGCAGGGGUUGCAGCGAUGCCCUGCCUGCGUGCUUACGAAAAUGCCAUGCGGCUGCUGCUGAACAGGUCGUGGCGGCGAGUUCACCGCACUGCACCCUUAGUGGUGGCGCUAUCUCGGUUUUGGCUACAAUUCUCUCAGGGCAAGGAGGACGACUAAAUGACAGACAAGAUGGAAGUAGUAUAGGUGUAGUACUGAAGCUUGAGUACCUAGGAACAAAUAAUACAGGACAAGGAGGACGACUUAAUGGCAGACAAGAUGGAACCAGUACUUAAUCCGGAGUACCCAGAGACAACUGAGACAUGUAUCGGUUCUUCUUCGUUUCUUAUAAGCAUCAGUUGUACAAUGCUGGUGCGGCUGAUGGACGAUGGAUGGCUAGCUGCUCGGCAUGAUCUUGGUCACUGCCUCACUGCAGCAGUAGCCUGCUGCUCCAGGAAGCCACCAGCAGAGGAUGGAUGGCAAGGCUCUUGCUUAUCCAAUGUAGACCAAAUGCGUCGCUGGUAAGCGAUGAUGAGGUGGUGUUACUCGAACCCUCCAGCAGAGGACGGAGGAGCUGGCUGGUCUGCAGCAUGGUGCACCCUUUUGUUGUUGCUGCAUGUUGACGACCUAUGAGGGGUCGAUUUGUGAGCGGAUGAUGAGUCGAGCGGUGGUGUUAUUAUUAUUAUUAUUAUUAUUAUUAUUAUUAUUAUUUUACUGUUUUUGAUGUCUGAUAGUGAAGUCAAGACGUCAUAUAGUUCCAUGGUCUUGCUGUCUAACGUGGAGCUAAAAAAAAGGGCAAAUGAAAUUGGAAAAUUUCAAGUUUCAAA